GUUAGAGAGUGCAGUCGCAGGAAUGAAGUCAUUUAUCAAUUACUCAGAUGACUCGGAGUUUCCCAUCGAAAAUUUACCCUAUGGGGUUUUUUCAAUUGCUGGCAAUGAGGCAAAACAUAUUGGAGUAGCGAUUGGAGAACAAAUUUUGGAUUUAUUUGUGAUUUCUCAUUUGUUCACUGGUCCAUUACUCGGGAAUAAACAAGAUGUCCUCCGUCAGGAGAGUCUUAAUGAUUUUAUGGCCCUGGGAAGGCCUUCCUGGAUUGAGGCCAGAGGUACCAUUCAAAAUUUGCUGGGUGUGAAUUGUAGGACUUUACAGGAGGAGCCACUGCGAUCGAAGGCGUUUGUCGAGCAGAAAUCAGCGAUAAUGCACAUGCCUGCCAAAAUCGGUGAUUACACGGAUUUCUAUUCUUCAAUAUAUCACGCCACCAACGUUGGAAUCAUGUUCAGAGGAAAGGAGAAUGCUCUUCUACCGAAUUGGAAAUAUUUGCCAGUUGGUUAUCACGGUAGAGCCAGCUCAGUCGUUAUUUCCGGCACUCCGAUUCGUCGGCCACGCGGGCAGACACUUCCGGUAGAGGGUGAGGCACCGGUUUACGGUCCUUCAAGGCUCAUGGAUUUUGAACUGGAGGUUGCAUUCUUCGUGGGUGGCCCACCCACCAACCUCGGCGACACAAUUACAGCAUCCAAGGCUUAUGAUCAUAUUUUUGGAAUGGUUUUGAUGAACGAUUGGAGCGCUCGAGACAUUCAAAAAUGGGAGUACGUGCCGUUGGGUCCAUUCGGUGCAAAAAAUAUGGGAACGACAAUAUCUCCAUGGGUAGUAACUAUGGAGGCACUGGAGCCCUUCAAAGUUCCCAACAUGCCGCAGGAUCCAGCGCCCUUCCCCUAUCUCCAGCAUCCCGAGUCCUGCAACUUUGAUAUCAAGCUCGAAGUUGACAUAAAGCCUACAAACGGAGUUGUGACGACUGUGUGUCGCAGCAACUACAAGUUCAUGUACUGGACACCCCAGCAGCAGUUGGCUCAUCACACCGUCACUGGAUGUAAUAUUAAUCCUGGAGAUCUGAUGGCAUCAGGAACAAUCAGCGGACAGUCCGCAGACUCGUAUGGAUCAAUGCUGGAACUUUCCUGGAAAGGCUCCAAGCCGAUUUCGAUGCAGGACGGCAGCACCAGAAAAUUUUUGCAAGAUAACGAUGAAGUUAUCAUCAAAGGAUAUUGUAUUGGAGAUGGCUACAAAAUUGGUUUUGGCCAGGCAACAGGAAAGCUCCUCCCCGCGAAAUCCGAAUAGCCACUGAUGUCACAAUAUGUUUCUAUUAAUAAAAUCAUAAUUGUUUAUUCUA